AUGGAUGAUUUUACCCUGGAAGAUCUCACUAUAGCAGAUUAUGCCCUGAUAGAAGAUUGCUCUUAUAUGGAAGAUUGGGAAUCUGGUCCUGGAUCUAUAACCCAUAAUUGUGUUCGUUUGACUCAAGUGUACAAUGAUGGGGUGGGUGCGCACAGCCAAGAUCAUACCCAAAGUGAGAAAAACUUAGAAUUUGACAUUUGCCGUAUCUGGUGUCGUAAACCAGUUUCUGUCCUGAAAGAGUACUGUGAUGCCAUAAAAGUAUAUAUCUUCUGGCCACUUCUGUUUCAACAUCAGCAUGGUUCUAUAUUGACACGAUUACAUCCCUGUGUGGAGUCUAAUAAUUCUCGUGCUUGUGAAGUAAGUUUGGAGAAAUUGCAACAUGUUGAAUUGAUGGAAGAUAUUGUGGAUUUGGCUAAAAAAGUUGUGAAUAAUUCAUUCUUUAUUGGAAACUUACUGAGAAUUGGUUACAAAAUAGAAAAUAAAAUCUUGGCAUUUGAAGAGGCUGUGAAUUGGGUAAAAAUAGUAGGUGGUAUAACACUUCUGCAUAAACUAGGAUCCCUUGAAAAUUGUUGGCCUAUGUUGAGUAUUUUCUUUACUGAAUACAAGUAUCACAUAACUAAGGUUGUAACAGAAAACUACAGUUUGCUUGAGGAAUUAAAAAACCCAGAUUGUACAAGGUGUACUGAGCAAGGAGAAAUAAUGAAAAUAAAAGGAAAUGAAGAAUUUUCCAAAGAAAGAUUUGAUCUUGCUAUUAUCUAUUACACCAGAGCUAUUGAAUAUAGACCUAAGAAUCAUCUUCUUUAUGGAAACCGAGCUCUUUGUUUUCUUCGCACUGGACAGUUGAGAAAUGCACUUGGUGAUGGGAAGAGAGCCACUAUUCUGAAGACCACUUGGCCAAAGGGCCAUUACCGUUAUUGUGAUGCACUUUCUUUGCUGGGGGAAUACGACUGGGCCCUGAAAGCAAACAUAAAAGCUCAAGAACUCUGUAAAAAUGACCCUGAAGGACUGAAGGAUCUAAUUCAGCAGUGUAUAAAGUUCCAAAAACAAAUAGACAGCUUACAAGGUAUUUCACCUAAGAUUCUUUUGAAUCCAGUCAAAGCCUAUUACAGUAGCAGGGACUACAUACCUUUAGCAGUACCUUCAUUUACUACUUCACUUCACUUUGUGGAUACUGAAAAAGGCUCCACAUACACUGUUUAUGAAAUGGCAAGUGGUGGUAGAAGGAAUAAAAAGUUUUACUCUCACGGAGCGGAGAGGGCAGUUGCAGUUUCGAAGGUGAUUGAUCUUGAUGACUAUGAGUUUUACGAAUACCAACUGCCACUGACAACCAUUUCUUCAGCUGCUACAUACAGCGCUAUGUUCUCUCAGGCUCCCCAGUUCCACAUAUUCAACGACUUACUCAUGGGCUUUCCCACUCGUUUCACACACCACCACCUGAAAGUGGUGUUGGAGAAGCUACAAAGCCACAGUUAUACCAGUUUUUUUAAUGUACAGAUUUCAGGAACAAAUACUUUUGAAUUCACAGGUAAGCCUUCAAGACAUAAAGGAAGACAUAGAUCCAGAAAUGAAGAGACUAAGACAAGCUUUUUUAAUUCUAGUUCACAAGUGACCAUAGAUUUGAAACGCAUCUUGGAGAAACAGUUUUCUAAAUCUGCCAGAGCUGCUCAUCAGGAUUUGGUUUCUUUAAUGGAAAUGUUGAGAGGCCUCAUUGGAGAUGGUUACACAGCCUUGUUGGACCAGCAGUGUCACUGUGCUGUACAGGCCUUUACACACUUGCUAAAUGGCUUAGAUCCUCAAACAAUAAAGAGACUUCACUGGACCAUUUCUGUUGGCAGCAAUUGAAUGAUCAACUAUGUCCUAGUAGUCUAUGGGCUUGGCCUCUCUCUCACUGGAUUAGGAAAGCCUGAGGAAUUAUUUGAAGUUGAAAGCCAGUUCAGGCAGAUUCUUACAUUGUAUCCUAAUGAGGGAAUUAACUGUUUGGCCUACUGGGGAAUUGGAAAAUGUUCAGAAGCUCUUAAACACUUACAGACAGCAAGAAAUGUAAUUCGUCAUCUUCCUGGAGUGUUAACUUGGCCUACAAGUAAUGUGAUUAUUGAAGAGUCCCAGCCAACAAAAAUAAGGGUGCUUUUAGAAAGAUUCAUUGAAGAGUGCAAGUUCCCUCCAGAGCCAGAGGGUAUUUGUUCAUACCACAAUAACUGUGGAUCUCUCAAAAUCCAGAUAUAUAUAACUGAUCCAGACUUUAAGGGCUUUAUACGAAUCUUCUGUAGCCAGAUCUGCAAAAUUGAAUUUCAUGUUAACUGUUGGAAGAAGCUAAAAGCAACAUCCUACAAUGAUAAACUUGACAAGGACUUUCUAAAUGCAAGUUGUCUUACCCCUGACUGCCAAGGUGUCAUUUGUAGGAUUACCGUCUUCAACAGUAAAGGUGGUGUUAAGUGUGAAUUUGAACACAAGGUCAUAAAAGAAAGGUUUCCUCCAAGACCUAUUCUGAAACAGAAAUGUUCUAGUCUAGGGAAAAUAAAAGAGAAAGAAGAGAAAAAAAUGAAGAGAAAGAUCCAAAAAGAAGAAGCAAAACAACUAGCAAAACAACGACUGGAAGAAGAUUUAAGAGAAAGUAAUCCACCCCAAAAUGAGAAGAAAGCUGUAGGACAUGUUCACACUUGUCGGUUCCUUGAUGACAGAAUUCUACAGUGCCUGAGUCAGUACUCUGAGAAGAUCAGAUCCAGUGCGCUCAAUGUUUCCAUGCUUAUGAGGGAAUUGCUUUCUUGGAAGGUUUUAAGUGUAGAUGACUACACAACAUGUUUUUCUAGCAGAAAUUUUCUAAAUGAUGCAGUGGACUUUGUCAUUCAGCACUUGAUUAAAGAAAACAGUAGAGUCAAGACAAGAAUAUUUCUUCACGUUUUGAAUGAGCAUAAGGAAAUUGAGCCCAGUGUAGCCACUUGGAUUGAGAAACUUGAUAGCUUUGGCUUGAAUGCUGCAGUACCUUUUCUUUCUCGUUAUGGGGAGUCUCUGAAGGACCUGGAUUUUACCAUUGUGAGUUCUCUCUGGAAUGAGAAAUAUGGUUCAAAGCUAGGCUCUAUAGAAGGAAAGACAUUUGAAUAUUUCUGUGAGCCGACAUCUUCCAAAGAAGCUCGCUGUUUAAUAUGGCUGCUAGAAGACCACAGAAAGAAGUUUCCAACAUUGCAUACUGCUUUAGAUGAAUUCUUCGGUAUACUGGACAGCAGCUGCACGGUGCUAAGGAAACAGGACAAUCCUGACUCCUUGUAUGUUUCUACAAAGGUGAAAAACAAAGGGAAGAAAAAGAAGCCAAAAGAUCUAAAGCCUAUGUUAGUUGGGUCUGGAACUCCUUCAAUAAAACCAUGUGUUACAAGUGAGACUGCGAUUAAAAGUAGUUCAAGUUCUUCAGGCCCCUUUGCGGUACCCCAGCAUCUUCGAAAAGAUGUUGAAGAAUUUGAAGCUUACUAUAAAAAAAAGCAACAGCAAGAUAAAGAAUAUGUUGCCCGGAGUAAGAAGAGUGAAACAAACCCAAAGCAAAAAUGUUCAACUCUAUAUGAUUACUUCUCUAAGUUCUUGGAGGACAAUGGCCCCAUGGACAUAAGAGACAAGGUAUUCUCCAACGAAUAUAGAUUUUUCCCAGAAGAAACGCGACAGAUAGUACAGAAAGCAGGCGGUUUGAAACAUUUUCUUCUGAGAUGCCCUCGUUUUGUUGUGAUUGACAACUGUAUCGCCCUGAAGAAAGUUUCAUCACGGACCAGGAAGAAGGGAAAGAGGAAAAACAUUAAGGAAGAUGAAGAUGACCUUUUAAACAUAGAUGAUGAAUUGUAUUUACCAUUUUUUUUACCACUGAACCCAGAAGCUAAGGAAUUUACACCCGAGUCAGAUUUAUCUUCAGCAGCAGCUUCUGUGAAUACAGUGCCCAAACCAGUGUCCGUUGAUUCUCCUGACCCAACAUGUAAAGAGGUGGAACCCCAACUGGCAUCCAAAGAUUUUCCCAGACCGGCUUCUGAAGAUGGGGAGCUCAAAUGGCUCUCUUCUGAUUCUUACCUGCCAGUCUCUAAAGAUGCAGCUCACAUGUCAGUCUCUUCUCUUCCUUCCAAACCAGUGUCUGAGGAUGUGACGUCAACCUACUGUACUCAACCCCAGUUGGUCACAAACUGCUGCACGUAUCUUCCUCUCCAAGGGUUUGACAUCACACAGACACCACCAGUGUAUAUCAAUGUGCCGCCAUGUGUGCCUCAGUUUGCUGGCAUACACACACCUUUGGCCAGCGUUUCUGAGUAUCAACCGCAACCAGCAGUUCCAGUGGUGCUGUCUUUAGUGGCUCACAGUAGGCCAGAUCCCGAUGCAGUUGUUUGUUUGGAGGGUCAUCGUGUGAAUGCCGAGAAUGCCUCUGGUAGCCACAUUGCCUCCGAAACACCAGCCCUUCAAGGCUCUCUGGGGACAUCAGCGAAGUCACAGUGCAGUGUGGAAAGUGCUGAUGCAGCCCUCACUGAGUCUAGCAGAAAUGAUGGUCACAGUGGGAAGUUGGUCAGCAAGGAGGAAGGAAGUAAAACCAAGACCAGAGCAGUUGCAGCCCGCCCACCUACAGAAGUGGCUGCUGUCCAGGUGUCCUGGGAUGUAGUACACAAGGAAGUCAAUACUGAACCUUAUGAACGUUUUGAGUCAAGGCCGGGGGAUAUUUCAAGGAUUGAAAAGGAAUACAGGAAACUACAAAGGCAGCUUGAGGCCGCAUAUGAAAAUUUUGAACUCACAAGAUUCAAGGGCUUAGCAGAGAUCAGGAACCUGGAAGAUAAGAUGCAUAGGAACUCAGAACAAAGCAAGGUCUCAGAGGUGGAGCUAGAGUGGCUCAUCCAGGAUAUGGAAAAAGAAACUAAAAAAUGGCAACAGGAGAAAAAAGAAGCCCAAGAAAGACUAAAAACACUGAAGAAGAAAGUCAAAAGGCUUCACAAUGCCAGUGAAACGUGUGCCCAGAAAAAUGAUGAAAAGGAUGAGGAACAUGGAUUACAUCUGGAUGAGUCCCUUGAAAUCAGAAACACAUUUGCAAAUGAGAAAGUGAAAUUGGAAGAAAGCAUAAAGAAAAGGAAAGAAGAUUAUGAAGCAGUCCGUGAACGAUUCAUGGAUGCAGAGGUAUCUGUGCUUGUUUGCUGGAAGGAGCUCUUCGUUUGGAAAUUACAGGUCAUUAAAUCACAAGGAGAAGACUACGUGAAGUGCCUGAAAAGCAGGCGCAGUGAGUUUGAAACAUCUCUAGUGGAAGCUAUCUUAGAUGAGUGGGAAUCCUAUUUGUCUUGGGUUGAAGAAGAACUUGAGACGGCAGAUCCUCGGUUGGAAGAAAAAAUUGAGGAAGCUAGAAGUGGUUCUGACGUCUUUGAAAUUACUAGAAUGUUCUCCCAUCCAGCCUUUGAGCAGUACCAACCCGAGUCUCCAGGCACUGAUGAAAAGGAGACCACAGCUGACGAGGAUGCCGUUGGUCACCCAGAGAAAGCUGCUGCCGAGCAGUCUGAAGUCACCCGGCUGUUAGCGUUUGCCAAGAAGACCGUCCAGGCAGCCCAGUCAAAGCAGAGCCCCACAGCUGAUCAGAAGGCACCCUGUCCUCAAGGACGUGCAAGUCGUUCAAACCAGUCACUGAAGAAGCCGUUCAAUAAUAUCAUUGAGCACCUGGCAGUGGUGUUCCCAGACUACAGCAGCUCCGAGCUUGCUGGGUUUGUUAAAAAAGUGCGGACCAAGAGCUCACUUUUAGGACUGAGUAUUGAUGAAACUGUCGGGAGAGUGAUAGAGCACAUCCUAGCUGAACAGAAGAAAAAGACCCCUGACCUCAGCUCUGCUGCACCUGUGACAAAUCAGAAGACCCCUAAAGCCAGCUCUGCUACUCCCAUGACCAAGUCCUCUAGGAGUCAGCCCUCAGCACCUGCCGGAGCAUCCCCCAAAACCCAAAGGCAGAAACGAGAAGAUGGGAGUGUGCUGCUUAGAACAUGUCUUGGUCUUGUUGGCCAGCUCAUCUCUGGGAAAAGGGAUCAUGGCUUCAGAACAGUUCAGUCAGACAUGGCAGAUGGAAACAAGGACAGCGGUGCCUCCACUCAAAGCUGGCAGCCAACUGUACCAUUUGAAUGUGUUGGUCAGCCAGCCACCCUCUUUGAGCAGGGAAUUGCUGUACAUUUCCUACUAGGGUCAAAAUCCAACGUGCAAGAGUUUUAA